CUCGACCUAGGGGGUUGCUCCGAGGGCAUUAAAAAGGUGAGCAUCCUCCGUCCCGUUCAUCAACACCCUCGUCACGGGGGCGCCGCAGUGGUACACACUACAACUCCUCUUCGUCGACCCUUUGGUCGUGCUGGAUCAGCAAAGCAAGGUCCUCUCGCGCAACUGUGAGCACGCCCGAGCCCUGCCUAUUGGCCACCCCAAUCCUGUAGCUCGCCGCGUUACCCCGCCCCUAGACUCGACACGAUGGCAACCGAGAAAAUGGACGCAGAUAAUCAAGUGUCAAGGUACACUGACGUGAAUGACGACGAGCACUCGGAGGAGAAGGUGGCGGUGACCGCCAGCGGCCAGAAAGUCGUGGUCGAGGACUCGAAAGUGACUACCAAGGCGCUGACCGUCGCAGCGGGUGUCACAAUCGGAGGUUUCCUCUUCGGAUACGACAUUGGUGUCAUUUCAGGAUGCCUUAUCAUGCCCGACUUUUUCCGGCGCUUUGAGCCUGCGGGUGCGACGGAGCUGUCGUCCCAGAACGCUAGUCUGAUCACAUCACUGCUCUCUGCUGGUACCUUCUUUGGUGCUCUGGCGCAAGGCCCGAUUUCGGACCGCCUGGGACGCAAGCCGGCACUGAUGUUGUGGGCGAUCAUCUUCUUCAUUGGCGCCAUCCUGCAAGUCACCACGUUUAACUCUAUCGCUCAGAUUGUCGUCGGCCGCUUCGUCGCCGGUCUCGGCGUCGGCGCGCUGUCUGGCCUCUGCCCGCUCUACCUGGGCGAAACGGCGCCGGCGUACAUCCGCGGCUCGAUCGUUGCGGGGUACCAACUGAACAUCAUCUUCGGCAUCGUCAUCUCGUACGGCAUCACAUGGGCCACGUCGACGCGUGCGCAUGACAGCAGUCUGUCGUGGCGCAUCCCCGUGGGGUUCCAGCUGCUGUGGGCGAUCAUCCUGUUCGGCGUGAUGCUGCUCCUACCCGAGUCGCCGCGGUGGCUGAUCGCGCGCAACAGGCACGGGGAUGCACGGCAGGUGAUGGCCGAAGUGCGCGGGACGGACCUGCAGACACUUCCGACCGGAGAACUACGGGGCGACCCUGCGCUCGAGCGCGACUUUGACGACAUGGCUGAGGGCAUCGAACUGGAGAAGGCGGCGUUUGCGGGGACCAACUGGCUCACGGCGUGGGUCAAGUGCUUCUCAACCAAGCAGAAGAUGUGGUACCGCACAGGCCUCGGCAUGAUGCUGCAAACGCUGCAGCAGCUCAACGGACAGAACUUCUAUUACUACUAUGGCCCCGUCUUCUUCUCCAAGGCGGCCGUCAGCCUGAACGCGUACCAGAUCCAGUUCAUGUUCGGCGCGGUCUCCUUCGUGUGCACGAUCCCUGCGCUGUACCUGGUCGAGCGUAUCGGACGGCGCUCGUCGCUGCUGAUCGGCUCAUUUGGCGAGUUUGCCUGCGCGUUCAUCGUCGCGUUCGUCGGGCACUAUGCGCUGGCGCCGAGCCUACCGGACGGCUCGCCGCCGCCGCCGGACACGCUGACGUCGGCACAGAAGAACGCAGGCAACGCGUUCAUUGCGUUUGCCGUCUUCCACCUCGCGCUCUUCUCUAUGUUCUGGGGACCGGUUCCGUGGAUCACGCUGUCAGAGAUGUACCCGUCGCCGCUGCGCGCACGCUGCAUCUCACUUGGCUCGGCGUCGAAUUGGUUCUGGAACUUUAUGCUGUCGUACUUCAGCAACAAGAUCGCGGCGCAGUACCAGUCGUUCAUCAUGCUCAUCUUUGGCAGCAUUCUCUUCGUCUCGGGCAUCUUUGUCUACUUCUGCCUUCCCGAGGUCCGCGGUCUGACGCUCGAGCAGGUCGACGACCUGUUCGAGAGCGGCGUCUCGCCAUGGCGCUCCGCCAGCUGGGUCCCCACCAAGGGCAACACGAACCGCAACAUGUUCAAGCGCGGCGAGAAGGCCGUUCGCCGGCUCGAGGCGUAAGCACGCACACACACAGGGGUGAGAACCAUGGUCAGGCUGUCGGGACAGGAUACGUACAUACACAAACACAAAGUCACCAUGCAGAUGAAACUUGUGUAUUUUUCGGCGCACAGCUGCACAAACCGCACCAAUCAAAUGUGUAUUCAUUGCUGU